GCCGCCAUAAUGAAACGAUAAAUCGCACACACAUACUGAAAACAACAUGGCAGUUUCCUCACGAAAACUUAUUCGACUACGGAUUGUGUUGCCAAGGACAUCUGAGUUUAUAUCUGAAUUAUGAAUGUGUAAGCAUCGCUUUCUUGAUUUAUUCCAGUUUUUAGUGCAACUUGAGCCACUAAAUAUUACUCGUACUCGCUCGUGGUUUUCAACUGUUGCUCCAUAGAAAUGUGUGUAAGACUUCUUGAACAUUGAAAGCAUACAAAUCAAAUAUGGUAUGACAGUUUCAUAUAGAUCUAUGAAAAAGAAAAUACCAGGAUGGCGAAUAAGAUUCGCUCGAUCGUGAGCAAAAACAAGCGUCGAUACCAAGAAGAUGGAUUUGACUUGGACUUGACAUAUAUUUAUCCAAAUAUAAUUGCCAUGGGCUUUCCUGCUGAAUCCAUCGAAGGCGUUUAUAGGAAUAACAUCAACCAAGUAGCACGGUUUUUGGACCAACGACAUAAAGACCACUACCGGGUGUAUAACUUGUGUACAGAGCGAUCCUAUGACCCUGUCAAGUUCCACAAGCGUGUGGUAUGUUAUCCGUUUGAGGAUCACAAUCCUCCACGCCUAGAGCUGAUCAAACCAUUCUGUGAGGAUCUGGACAGCUGGCUUAGGAAGGACAAGGAUAAUAUUGCCGCCAUACACUGUAAAGCUGGCAAGGGACGAACAGGUGUGAUGAUCUGUGCAUACCUGCUCCACAGAAAUCUAUUCACAGACUACAAAAAGGCCUUGCUGCAUUACGGUCAGACGAGGACGAGGGACCACAAGGGUGUGACCAUUCCCAGUCAGCGCCGCUAUGUCUGGUAUUAUGGAUAUCUCAUUGAGCGCAGACUGCAAUACAAGCCAGUUACACUGUUACUCACAGGCAUCGAAUUCAUAAAGAUUCCCAUGUACAAUGGAGGCACCUGUAUUGACGAUAAAGAAAUCUUGUUGUGUACAGGCCCCAUGUUUGAGGUAUAUCAGCUUAAGGUAAAGGUGUACAGCUCGAGGGUAUACGAGGACCUGAAAAAGGGCCAGGACAGGGUCUUCAUGGGAGUGGAGUCUUCUGUACCCCUCUGUGGGGACAUCAAAGUGGUAUUCUACAACAAACCUCGCAUGAAGGGAAAGGAAAAGAUGUUCCAGUUCUGGUUUAACACUUUCUUUGUCAAUGUGGAUGAGCAGCCUAACGGUACUAGAACUUACUGUGCUGGAGAGAUGGCUCCAAGUGAACACUCAAAGACUCUAUAUAUGUCCCUAUACAAGGACGACUUAGACAAAGCCAACAAAGACAAAUCACACAAAUUAUUCAGUCCAAACUUUCAGGCAAAGUUACACUUCAAAACGCCAGACCCUGAAUUGCCAAGGAACGGGAAUAGUUUGUCCAGCAGCCUGACCGUCCCAUCCCAUGUUAUGGGAGGUUGCACCCGCUCACCUACAUUUGAUAAUAUUUCCACAAGAGGCAGUACACAUUCUUUACCAUCUUCCACCUUAGACCAGACUCGUUCGUUUUCUGAACUUACUUUAAGAGAUGUAACCCCUACGUACGGUCGUACUCAUCCGCAUAGUCAUAAAAGCACGGGGAGUGACACAGGGUCCCCGGCUGGGAGUAGUGAAGGAUUGGCAGAUACACUCAGUGAGAACGAACAAGAUGAAAAUCUGUCGGACACUGAUACUGACGACGAAUGGGAUGGACUAGAAACAACGCUUGUAUAGCAUGUGUGAUAAUUAGUUAGGGAUUUUUUUGGGAUGGGAUGAAACUUGGAAUUUGUGUGUAAAUGUAAACAUUGUGCAUAUAGCUGUAUACCUGUGGUAUUAUGAAUGCUUUGGAAAAGUAGUGGAUAUGCAUGAUUCAGACUUUUAAGUGUAUGCCUAAUUGAAGAUAUAUAUAUGUGUAUAGAAGUUGAAUGAUGAAAGUUUUUGUGCAUUACACAGCAUCAGCUCAUCAAAGAUACUGAUGCUGUUCUUGAAGGGCUGCAACAAAUAUGAGAUUUUUGUUCAAGAUAUAUUUUGCUGGGAAUAUGAGAAUGGUCAUUGUUUUAUGUGAUGACAUUACUGGUGACACAGAACUCGUGUGUUAUCUUGUCCUUGUUACUUCUGCUGUUUAAGUUUUCCAGGUUUAUUAGGAUUGUUAUUACUUAUGAAAAAUUGUUAUCAACUUUUUCUGGGCAAAUAUCGUACUUUUUGACUCUGUGUUUGUCAUUGUCUAGAUAAUCUGCCUGAGCGAAGAUUAGUUAAGUCAUUUGUCUAGAUAAUCUGCCUGAGCGAAGAUUAAAAUGCAGAACUUAUAUCGGUUAAUAGAAUACUAUUGAAUAGUAAAAUCGGCCAAAAGCUGUGUUUGUAACAAUACUUAUAAUUAUGAUUUAGAACAAUUCUUUGUGUUAUACUACAUUAUACUGGUGAUCAAUAUGGUAGAGUUAUCUCCCUUACUUCCCAUCACAUUAGUCAUAUUAUAAUUCUAUAAAGUACCGGUAUACAUUUUUUGGUACUUUUUAAAUGUGUUACCAGUUAAUUGACAUCACAGAUUACCAUUAAUAUGAAUUAAUAUAAAACACAGUUUUACUUAUAAUCAACUUUUUGAAAAAGAUUUAUAUUAAAGGAAGCAGCAUUCACCUGGUAUUGGUAUCAAAAGAAAAGCUGUUUAAUAUUGGAAAUUUUCAGUUUAAGUGUAAAUAUGAUAUCAUGAAUUAAAAUGAGAAUUUUCUUACAAGUUGACGUGUGAAAAUCAAAUCAUCAAAAGUUAAAAAA